UGGUGGUGUUGGUGUGAUGGUGGAAUGCUGUUGAUUAUUUGCUAAAACGACUACGGUACAUUCCAGUUUUAAGAUUUUUAAAAUAAAAAUAAUUAAUGAAACUCUCAGUGACUUUGUUGUACUAUGUACACUAUGAGAUAGUUCUGCAGAAUGCAUUUUCAUUUAAAAAUAAAGUGAUUAAUAGGACUAAUGUUUUUCAUUUAUAAUGUCAAAACAAGGAAAGAGAAAAAUUACUGUUGAGCUACCGAAAUCUAAAGAUUUAGCGAAUAGACCAAGUGUAUUUGAACGUCUAGGUACAAAAAAGUCGUCAAACACGAAAAAAGCAGCCGAGUGUUGUAGGCAGUGGGCACAACACGGUACUUGCGCUUAUGGUAAAAACUGCAAGUUUGCCAGUAGUCAUACUUUAAUAAGUCCAUCUAAACAGCGUGCAGCAAAUAAAGAUACUGAACCGAAACGUACAGUUAAAGAUGAUGGUAAAAACAGACUACAUUCUACUGUGGUGGUAAGAACGGGACGUAGUCCUGAUGGUGAGAUUGAUAACUGGGAUCAAAAUGACUUAGAAUAUGCUGACACUGAUGUGCUCGAAAAAAGGAGGCAGCAGUUACAAAGAGAAUUAGAAUUACAGUUGAAAAUGGAUUCAAGCAAGGAUAUGAGGAAAGAUAAGAAAAAGACUGUGUCAAGUUCCUCUUCCUCUAGAAGUUCUAGUUCUUCAAGUAUUUCUUCAUCAUCUUCUGAUGGAAGUUCUUCGUCAUCUUCAUCUGGCAGAGAUGCAAAAAGGAGAUUAAAGAAAACAAAAUUGAAAAGGAAUUCUAGUUCCUCUUCAGAUGGAGAUGUACCUGUGAAAAAAAAAGCUUUUAAAGCAGAUACACUUAAACAUGAUAAAAGUGAAGCAAAGAAGGUUGCAGUGAAAAAAGAUGAUAAGUCUUUAAAAAAGCAUGACAGUGGAAAGAAAAAGCCUUUAACAAAAUCUGUUACUAAAAAAUCUAUAUCACCAGCCAAAAAAUCUGGUGGAACUCCACCAAUAACAUCAAAAGCCAUAUCAUCAAAAAGCACAACAAAAAGUGCUAAAUCACCUCAAAGAAGGGAUAGAAAUAGAAGUCCUUCAGUUAGUAAAGAAAAAGAUAGGGAUAGGGGUAAAGAUAAGGAUAAAGAACGCGACAAAGAUCGUGACAAAGACAGAGAUCGUCUAAGGGCUCGUAGUCGUUCACCUAAAAAAGGUAGAUCUAGGUCUCCAAGGCGCCACAGCUCCAACUCUAAAGAUCCACGAAGGAAGGAUAGCUCAGAGAGAAGUCGACCCGUGUCACCGAAAAAACAAGGAAGAAGGGAUACAAGUCUCGAACGUCACCGGAAAAGAUCAAUAAGUCGCGACAGAGACAGAGGACGAGAACAUAAAGAUCGAUCUUCUGAGAGAAAAAAAGAUAAACACGAUGAUAAAGAUAGGCAUGAUAGAAAAGAUAGGGGACGGGAUAGAAAUAAAGACAAAAGAGAUGACAAAAGAAGGGGGCGAGACAGGGGCUUGGGUGGUAGAAGUGGCUCAGACAAGGGCUUAGAGAAACCAAACAAACCUAUGCAAAGGUUGCUUCCGCGUCCAGAAGAACGUUUAGCAGCACUUGCGGCUAUUUCUAAUAAGACAUUAGAGACAGAUAAAACUUUAACCACUUCUAAGGAUCGCCAAGAUACUCAUUCUGAAAGAGGUGGACGAAAACAGGAUAGGUUAGAGAGAGGACGAUCUAGCAAGAAAGAAAGAAUUGGUAGCUUAGAUAGGGAUACAGGUGACUACGAAAUUGGCCUGGAUCGUCAAUAUGAUCGCGGACGCAGCAUAGAUCUAUAUGAAAGGGAUGAUCAUUACGAUGGCGGUCCCAGAGAUGACGAUAGAUCACCGGGGUAUAAUCUUCCAGGAAGAGACCGACAUUAUGAGGGAUACGACAUGCCUGGCCCAUCAAGAGGUUAUCCAGAUGAUGAUGAUAGGAUGUAUGGUGAAAUGGAUCCACGGGCUGUUGAUAUGGGCUACGACGACCGACGACCUCAUCGCAAUCAUUCGUGGGAGGGUCGAGCUGGUUCAAUGGAUCAUGAAAGGGGUUAUAUUCACGGACACAAGGAUUGGGACAACGACGAUUACCGUGGUCCAGGAGAAUGGGGUCGCGACCGUAACUGGCCCAUGCACGAUCCUCAGAUGGGCGAUUGGGGCGAUAAGGACCCUGAUGCAGAGGGUUGGCACCAUCGCGGACAUGGGCCUCACCGUGGUCGUACACGAGAUGACUACGGGCGCGGUGGACGACUCGACCAUAAUAGAAGUGAGGGUAAUAAAAGGCGGGCUCCUAGAAAUGAAAGCCAAGACACAAGCACAAAGGAAGCUCCAUCCGCAACCCAUAACGCCACGAUGUCUGAAGAUCAAGAUGAGGAGGACAAACCUAUCCCGGACGAUUUGAGCGAAAUAAGCGACGAUCCUGAUGAUAUUCUUGAAAGAGAAGAUAUGGCUGACCAAAAUAUGGAUGACGACAGCCAACAAGAACCGACUCCUGAUGUUGCUAAUAAUAAAUUAGAGGCAUCUGAAAAGGAAUCUACACAGGAUACCAGUGUUGCUGGUGAGGAGAAGGAAUCCCAAGAGGGAAAAGACGACGAAGAGGGUAACUUGGACUUUGAGGAAAUAUCUGAUGGUGAAUUGGAGGAGGAAAGAACACGUGCUGGACUAGGAGAUGCUUUAGGUGUGGACUGGGCGAGUCUCGUGGCCGACGUCCGUCGUCGAGAACAGGUGCCACCGUCCAGCGGCGCUAGGGACAGAUGGCGACCAGAAAGAGUUCUGACUCGCCUCGGUUUAUCCCUCGAAAUGGCCAGCAAGGAAACUGUCGAGGAAAUUCUGAAGAAGAAUGCGGAAUCAAUCGCAUCAGAGAAGGCAUCGAAGGCUAACGACGAAGACAAGUCUCCGAUACAAAACGGAACUGAGGAAACUGAAAAGACUGUAGCUCCAGUCGAUAUUGAAUCCUUGCAUCCAGUAGCAACCAUACAGGUUGCAACAGAGAAACGUAAGAGACAACGUGCUGCGCUGUUCGGGUCGGGUUGUGAAAUAACUCGAGGUCUGAGUGCUAGGCGCGACCUAGCCCUGCGUCGCUACCUCUGCCACCUACCAUUAGCUGAGCGCUCCGGCCAGUCCAGAGUCGCACCACAGCCCGCCCUGUUCCGAGCCGCGCGAGCUCUGCUCAUGCAGGAACCCGUGUCAGGCUGACGAACACUAAAGUAAACCACUAAUAGGGUUUCUCAAUAAAAUAUCUAUUAAUCCAAUUUCAAGAACUUAAAAUAUUGUCGGAGGCACGCGUCGGCGGCAGUCGACGGCAGACAAUGGCACGUGUCGGC